GGAAAAUCCAGGGAUUCUGAGGGACCAGCUGCUCCCGAGGGAGGAUGAGCGCCGUGAUCCUGCUGCUCCUGCUUUCCGCCGGGAAUGCCGCAUCCCAGCCGGAGAAGGCGCUGCCCCGGCGGCGCCUGGCGUGCGUGAGGUGCUGCGGGCCCUCGGAGCAGCCCGUGUCCAUCUUCUCCCAAAGGUCCGCGAGGAUGAGCGGCCAGCCCGAAUAUUCCCUGCCCAAAAUCCAGCCCACCAUUGACAUCACCAUCCUCAAAGGCGAGAAGGGCGAGAUGGGCGAGCGGGGAUUCCCCGGAGCAGCCGGGAAGGCGGGGGAGCGGGGAUCCCGCGGGCUGAGCGGCCGCAAGGGCCAGAAGGGCCAGCCCGGCCCCCAGGGCCACUCCUGCAAGCAGCUCUUCGCCGCCUUCUCCGUGGGCCGCCGCAAGGCCCUGCACAGCUCCGACUACUUCCAGCACGUCACCUUCGACACGGAAUUCGUCAACCUCUACCAGCACUUCAACAUGUUCUCCGGGAAGUUCUUCUGCUACGUCCCCGGGAUUUACUACUUCAGCCUCAACGUGCACACCUGGAAUUUCAAGGAGACCUACGUGCACCUGAUGAGGAACGAGCAGGCCGUGGCCAUCCUGUACGCCCAGCCCAGCGACAGGAGCAUCAUGCAGAGCCAGAGCCUGAUGCUGGAUCUGCAGGAAGGGGAUGAGGUUUGGGUCAGGAUGUUCAAGAGGGAGAGGGAAAAUGCCAUUUACAGCGAGGAGUCGGAUGUGUACAUCAUCUUCAACGGGCACCUGAUCAAACCCGCCCUGGAGUAG